AUGGGUAGCUUUUUGCGGUUCGCGAUCAUAGUCAAUGUUGUGAGGACUAUCGUGUGUUUAGAUUUUGGAAAUGAAACUUUCUUUAAUCAAACACACCGUCAGAGUAGAGAAUUUCCAUUUUACUCAGUUGGACGUAUUGCGAAUGUGUAUUGCAUGGGAAGUAACGGUUUAUCCGGAACAUGCCAAAUUCGAGGUGAAUGUGCUGCCAAUGGAGGCAUCGCAUCGGGAUCGUGUAAUAGCAUUACCUUCCAAGCUGUGUGCUGUGUUUAUGUAAACACGUGUGGUGGAUCUGGAUCGAACAAUAUAACAUACUUCCAAAAUUCAGGAUAUCCUGCAGCAUACAAUGGAGGAGGAAGUUGUAUAUACACAGUAGUUCCACCAGACACCACCAUCUGUCAGCUGAGGAUUGAUUUCAGUUCAUUCACACUAUCUCAACCGGACGGCAAUGGAAUAUGUGUUGUGGAUAGCUUAACAGUGACCGGUACCAGUUCGCCGGUCCAAAUUAUUUGCGGAGAUAACAAUGGACAACACAUUUAUGUUUCCUUCAGUGGUACGACUAAUAUCAUACUUACGAUAGCAACAACUGGAGCUACGUCAUUCAAUCGAGUAUGGAAUCUACAACUAAGCUUGAUAUCGUGUACCAGUGCGUACUUGGCUCCCCGAGGCUGUCUGCAGUAUUAUCAGGCCAUUGCCGGUGAGGUACUGAGCCUUAACUAUGGAGCAGCAGCAAAUCCAGCUGCAAAUGGGAUAGGUUUAAUCGGUACUCGGCAGCUGGCCAAUUCGAAUUACGGCAUUUGUAUCCGACCAGCAGCUGGGCAAUGUUCAGUAACCUACAAUCUGCCAACAGGUGACCCUUUUGCGUUCACAAUGACCGGUGAUGCUACAGUAAUAACUACCGCAAUGCUUGGAACAGCAGGGGUCGGAAUGCAGGGAACGGCUUGCACCACUGACUACCUCAUUAUUCCGAAUCCAAUCGGCAUACCGAAUGAUCGAUUUUGUGGUUUGGGCUUACCUGCUGGCAUUACAAGCAACACAAAACCAUUCGUUUUGAACUAUAUCACCAAUUCUGACGACAAUCCUGAUGUUGCAAAUCGAGGAUUCCGACUAGAGUACAGUCAAAAUGCUUGCGCUAUACCAGCGGCAGGUUAA